AGAGACAGUCUGUAUGGUCUGUAUUUUGUGAUUUUGUGCCUCGAACAUAACCUUUGGAAAACCUAACCUAUAAUUCAGCCGUUGUCCGCCUAGAACGGCAAAUAGCUCAACCGGUUUUUUCAAUAAGCUAAAAAAUGCCGAUUAAAUUGAUCGGUCGUAGGACCACUUUUAAGGGUAAAACCCUGUGGGAAAUUCUUGGUAAUUUGAAGAACUUUGGUGUUGGGAGAAUUAUUAUAAGACACAUGUUUCAACGUUAUCCCGAGCCCUCGUACUUCAAAGUACUCAAAGUGGCUGCAAUGCCUAACGAAGACCCUCGUAAAGUAAUGGUUCUGACGGAAAGGGUAUUUCGAGGACUCAAGUAUGAGAAACUUGUCCAAAUUGACUCAACCAGUUACAAAGCAGAUUACCAGCUCAUACCCAAAGAUCAAGAGUACAAAUACAAACCAUUGGAGAAACCGGAAAAAAUUAUAGUGUCACAAACAAUGCAAUUUCCACCGUUGCUCAGAGAAAUACUGUCCAGAAGAUUAAAAGCGAAGGGAAUAACAAAAGAGCCAGAAUUACCUGUGUGGCUCAAUACUUCUGGUAACAAAACUUAUCGGCUUGCAAAAGAGGGAGAAACUCCAACCAAAAAGUUUACUAUAGGUCUUGGCGAACCAGCCACUCCAAGCCUCUAUGCCAAUUGUAAACCCAUAUGAAUUUCGUUUAUCUUUUCUUAAAGCUGUACAGUUGUUUUUAAUAAAAUAUGUAGAUGAAAGUAA